GGGUAAAUAUCCGGCACCUUCUUCAUCUCAGAAACAAAGAUUUCCUUUCUACAAGAGAAGAGCAGGUUUGGUCGCAGAACUUUGGAGAUCAACUCAUCAUCUGAUUAGUCAUACGUGAGGGCAAAACAUCAUGUCUACGCUUGCAGCUGCUAGAGCAGAUAACUUUUACUACCCCCCAGAAUGGACCCCCGACCAGGGUUCUUUGAACAAGUUUCAUGGACAACAUGCUCUAAGGGAGCGGGCAAAAAAGAUAGAUCAGGGGAUUCUGGUAAUAAGGUUUGAGAUGCCUUUCAAUAUUUGGUGUGGGGGAUGCAAUUCCAUGAUUGGAAAGGGUGUAAGAUUCAAUGCAGAGAAGAAGCAAGUGGGAAAUUAUUACUCCACAAAGAUUUGGAGCUUUACCAUGAAAUCAGCAUGUUGUCAAAAUGAGAUUGUUAUCCAUACAGAUCCAAAAAACUGUGAGUAUGUAAUUAUCAGCGGGGCUCAGAAAAAGACUGAGGAUUACGAUGUUGAAGAUGCAGAGACUUUUGAACUCCCAGCAGCUGAAGAAAGAGGAAAGCUUGCAGAUCCAUUCUACCGUCUUGAACACCAGGAAGAGGAUUUACAGAAAAAGAAACAAGCUGAACCAGUACUGGUGCGCUUGCAGCGCGUUUCUGAUUCUAGGCAUUCAGAUGAUUACUCCCUUAACAAGGCUCUGCGGUCUCGACUUAGGAGUCAAAAGAAAAGGGUUGUAGAAGAAGAGGCUGCCUCUGCAAAAAUGGGCCUUGCGAUAAGACUACUGCCUCGAUCAGAAGAAGAUAAUUCAGAGGCAAAACGAGUCAAGUUCCCUUCCAAGUUUGAACGGAGCAGAAAGGACAAGCGAGCCUUGAUCAAAGCUGCCUCGAUUUUCCCGGAUAGUUCUGGCUCUUCGCGAAUGGAGUUGGAGUUGAAGAGAAGGAAAAUAAAAGCAUCUAUAACAACAAGGUUGCUCUCAGGGUCAGUCAAGCCAUCGGCUUGGUCACAAAGUUGUUCUACUAGUGCAAUUAGUAAGGGAUCAACUAUGACUGCAAGAAAGAGGUAAUUUCAAGAUUUUUAGAAGUUGGGUUGAGUGAUUAUCAGUUCUCUGUUUGUUUCCGAGUAUUUUAUUCCUGUAUUUUGUACAUAAGUGUAUCUUUGCUUAUUCCUUUCUUGGGUUUGGUUAAGCUUGAACUCAUUGUUAAUAAUAACAUUUGUAAUGUUUGAAGCAACCUAUUGGGAGUUUAGUUAAGUUGGUUUAAAUGCUCUUGGAAUUUUUUAUUCAA